CGCUCUCCGAGUCCUCCGAGUCCUCCGAGCGCCAGACAUCUCCCUCUCGCCGCCAUGAAGGUCCUGGCUUGUGUUGUCCUCGCCGUGCUGGUGGCUCUGGCCUCGGCCGAGGAGGCCCAGAAGGACAAGAGGUACGUGUCCGGUCUGGGCUACGGCGCCAUCCCCGCAGUCGGCUACACCGGCUACGGCUACUCCGGCCUGGGCUACGCCGGCGUCCCCGCCGCCGGCUACGCUGGUCUGGGCUACUCCGCCGCUGCCUACCCCGGCUACGGCUACUCCGGCCUGGGCUACGGCUACCCCUACGGCUACUCCACCUACUGAGCCACGCCUCGCCGCUCUGACGACCUCCCCCCUCACCCCCUCAUCCACCGGCUCGAUACCACGGGAUCCCGGACUUGCAAUGUACCGAGGAAACAUUCUAAAUUUACUGCACUGUGAUAAAUAAAUCCAUUUCCCAUCCAACAUUAAUUAUUAUUAUUUUUUCUGCACCUAAGCCUCUAACUCAGAUUUGUACCUUAAUUUAGUCUCCUUAUCAUAAUUGGUGUAUUCACUUGGCAAUAUUGCUAAACUGAAAAUAAAGGUAAUAUUUUUAUUACCAAAUAAAAAAAAGUGGAUACUAUGAAACCAAAGAUAAAAAAAACAAUUUUGCUAUAGUUUAAUUUACAUGAGAUAACACAUAAAAGAUAAAAUAUGAAGAUAAAAAUUAACCUACUUAAUUAAAAUCUUACAAGGAAACACAAAUAAUUUUAUAACUGUCUCUUUCACAAAUCAAAGUUUAGCAUAUAAUAGCAAAAAGGUUUUUGAAUGUUUGUCUUAAUAAUAUUCCGUUUAUGCCGGAUACAACAUUCUUAAAUGAUAAUAAUGUUGUCGGUGAAAAUACAAAUAUUACUUUAAGUAAAGAAAAAUAAAAAACACAUAUUUUAGCGUAUCCCAAAGAGACUCUAUGAAGAAUAUAAAAAAUAUGGUUUUUCUACAUGAGCGCACCAAAAUAUUAUUUCCUACUAGCGGUGGUCGGCCAUGUGUAACACUGAAGACUUAUUUUCAGGGAUAGUUUUAAGUAAAUGAUUUCCUGGUAUAAAAUCUCCAGUGAAGAAAAAUAAAUCACAGCUUUUACU